CAAAACACAAGAUCAAAUUUCGUUUGCAAUUAUGGCUUCUUCAAUCAAUGGCCGUAAUGCAAGUGAGAUCUUUCAAGGUCAAACUCUCUUGUACAAACACUUGUUUGCCCAUGUAGAUUCUAAGUGUCUCAAAUGCAUUGUUGAGCUUGGAAUACCAGACAUAAUCCACAACCAUGGCCAACCCAUUACUCUUCCUGAGUUGGCGUCAAUUCUACAAAUUCCACCAGCUAAAGUUAGUCAAGUGCAAAGUCUCAUGCGCUACCUGGCACACAAUGGAUUCUUUGAAAGAGUAACAAUCCAUGAAAAAGAAGCAUAUGCUCUCACUGCUGCUUCAGAGCUACUAGUCAAAAGCAGUGAGCUUAGUUUAGCUCCAAUGGUUGAGUAUAUUCUUGACACAACUAUUUCAGGUUCAUUUCAUCAGUUGAAGAAGUGGGUUCAUGAGGAAGAUCUCACACUAUUUGAGAUUUCCUUAGGAUCACAUUUGUGGGACUUUCUUAAUAGAAACCCUGCAUAUAACAAGUCAUUCAAUGAGGCAAUGGCUAGUGAUUCUCAGAUGUUGAACUUGGCGUUGAGAGAUUGCAAGUUGGUGUUUGAGGGACUGGAAUCCAUUGUGGAUGUUGGUGGUGGAACUGGAGCCACUGCCAAGAUUAUCUGUGAAGCAUUUCCUGACUUGAAAUGCAUUGUGUUUGACCGUCCGCAGGUUGUGGAGAACUUGUCAGGAAGCAACAAUUUGACAUAUGUUGGAGGGGACAUGUUCAAAUCUAUUCCCAAGGCCUGUGCAGUUCUAUUUAAGAUGAUUUUACAUAAUUGGAGUGACGAAGAUUGCAGGAAGAUAUUAGAAAAUUGUAAAGAAGCUAUUUCGAGUAAAAGCAAAACAGGAAAAGUAAUUGUCAUAGAUGUUGUGAUAAACGAAAAGAAAGAUGAGCAUGAAAUUACAAGACUAAAGCUUCUUAUGGAUCUAAACAUGGCAUGUCUUCUUAAUGGAAAGGAAAGAAGAGAAGAAGAUUGGAAGAAACUCUUCGUGGAAGCAGGGUUCCAAAGCUACAAAAUAUCUCCUUUGACAGGAUAUUUGUCUCUUAUUGAGAUCUAUCCUUAGAUACUAAUGCUGCAAUUUAUUUAAUAGUUAAUUUGCAUGUUAUGAACCAAAUAAAGUUGCCAUGUUUAUUUGCUAGCACCAACAAAAUAUUUGUUGAAAAUGUGGCAAGAAUUAAUUAAAAGAAGAACUAUUGAUAGGAAAAUGAGAAUUAGAAAUCUGAAAUUUGAUUGAAUAUGUGAAAGUGUAUGUUUUAUUAAAAGAAAUCUCAGAAUGGAUAUAUUUUAUGAGAUUUGAAUUUA